AUGUCGUCCAAGCAAGGAGGAAAGGCUAAACCUUUGAAGCAGCCUAAAGCUGAUAAGAAGGAAUACGAUGAGCACGAUAUGGCCAACCUUCAGAAGAAGAAAGACGAGGAAAAGGCACUCAAAGAACUAAGAGCCAAGGCAUCGCAGAAAGGAUCUUUUGGAGGCUCUGGUCUUAAGAAGAGUGGCAAGAAAUGAUCCCGUUCUGUAUCCAUGAAGCCCGUCUUUGACAGUACAAGUUUAUCAACUUAUAAUGUUGUGUAACUUCCUAUCAUGUCUGUAAAAGAGUGACUUUGUCUAUCCCAUAACAUAUGUUUGCUUUCGCCACUUUUUCAUUUGAAAAGAAAAGAAGAUGUUUUCUAUUUUAAAACCAAGUGAUGCCAUAGUUCUCCUGAUUCAAGAUUCAGUUUGG